GACAAACAUGAUAGGGACGUAGUCGUCUGCCUGCGCAGCGGCCAGCACGCAGGGAAUCGUUUCUAGCAGUGUGGAGCGUUUGCAUCGGCGUCUCUCCUCAUCUGGGAGGAACUGCCCAGUUCUUACUGUGGAGAGGGGUGGGCGUGUACAAAGUAUCCUCGCAAUAUUAACCAGGUGCUAUUCAUUUACAUUUCCCUCUACCAUCUCUCCAUGCCAGCUAACCCGUCCACCGUCGUCCUCUGCGCCGUGCUGGUGCCACCUACGUCACGGGGAAACUAACUUCACGAUAACAAUGCUGAACGGGAAAGCAGCACUUUGGAUAGCGUCCGUCUAGAUUAAUUCCUUUCAACCCCAUCCAUGGCUCCCGCCACGGGUUGCGUCCUGUAGAGCCUCUACGCCUCUACUAGCAGCUUGCUAUACUAUCUUUUUGGCUCAGGGUGCUGACAAGUUAUUAUCUCAAGGGUCCAAAUGGCUGGACACGAAUGGGAAGAUUGGUUCGAGAGAGAGGAAUUUAUCGGGCAGAUCAGCGACAUUCGUGUGCAGAAUCUUCAAGUGGAGAGAGAGAUGGUGCAGAAGAGGACCUUCACCAGAUGGAUCAAUCUCCACCUAGAGAAGUGUACUCCUCCAAUGGAGGUGAACGACCUGUUUCGGGACAUCCAAGAUGGCCGGAUUCUCAUGGCCUUGCUGGAGGAACUGUCUGGGUGUAAGCUGCUUCAGGGAUUCAAGCAGUCCUCCCAUCGUAUCUUCAGGCUGAACAACAUUGCUAAGGUCUUGACAUUUCUUGAGGAGAGAAACGUGAAACUCGUGAGUAUCGAUGCCGCUGAUGUUGCCGAUGGCAACUCGUCCAUUGUUCUCGGCCUCAUCUGGAAUAUUAUCCUCUUCUUCCAGAUUAAAGAGCUCACAGGGAACAUCAAGAACCAGUUCCCCUCCUCGUCCAGCCUGUCGUCCAUCCCCACCAGCUCCGACUCGGACGCGUCCCACUCCAGCACGCCGUCUGAGGAGAGACGCUGCUCGGUGGCCAUGAGGGACCAGGGCAAAGCCAUCAAGACCCUCCUGCAGUGGGUCCAGAGAAGGACCAGGAGGUUUGGAGUUGCUGUAAACGACUUUGGGAAGAGCUGGACGAGCGGCUUGGCCUUCCUGGCUGUCAUCAAGUCCAUCGACCCCAGCCUGGUGGACAUGCGGCGGGCGCUCCUGCGGACGUCCAAGGAGAAUCUGGAGGAGGCCUUCAGAACGGCACACUACAGCCUGGGCAUCGCACGGCUCCUCGAACCCGAAGAUGUGUCUAUUAGCCCACCAGAUGAGCAGGUCAUAAUGACCUACGUGUCCCAGUUCCUCGAGCACUUCCCUGGCAUGGAUGAGGAUGACGUCUCUGACGUCAUUGACCGAAGCACGUCAAAAGUGAGUGCGCGUCUGAACGACUCGGUGGCCCGCAAUGGCGUGAAGAGGGCGCGAGAGACAUCGUCGUACGUGGUCAAACGUGACUGGGUCAAACCUCCCCCCAAGAUCUUCAUCUCUGCCGUGUCGGACAAGUCCGCCGAGCAGCAGGUGGCCAAACCACCACCACCCUCCUCUUCCUCCUCUAAGGAGUCCAGCCCUAGCCCUGCCGUGUCCAGCCCAAGCCCAAGUCCAGCAGAUGACCACUCCCCGAGCCGCUCGCUGGACCUGACCAAAGACGCAUCCUGCCCCGUGUCCGGCUCCACGUCCAGUUCCAGCUCCCCUCAGCCGUCCUACGUCGACUCCGUCAUCAGCUCGCCGGAAUCCUGGAGCGAGAUGCCGAGCGAGGUCGGACCGCUGGAGAAGCUUCCGGAGAGCUACAGCGACGGCUCGUUGAACGAGACCAGCCUAGUCGGCGAUACGAAGGAACCCGUCACGUACAGCAAAGCGUCCGAGAAGAGCCUGCCUUUUGAAACGGAGAAGCCAUUGGACGAUGGUAUGGACUCUGAGCUCUUCAUAGACGAGGGGAACUUCUCCCUCUGCUCUCUCGAUAGUUUACAGGCCAAAACGCCACUGCCUUCCGAGGAGGACGCCGACGCUGGCACCCUCACGCACAUUCCAAGUGCCCAAGGUCAAGACAAAGUGCCAGAGCUGGGUGGAGUCGCCAACGGAUCUGACGUAGGUUCAGAGGAGAAGGUCCACCACGAGACUGUUAAGCCUUCACCUGCUGAUUCACCCGACGGGGCUUGUGAGUCCGGGUACUUCCCUGAGGACAAAGAAAAUUCCUUAUCACUUGUAGAAUCUGCCUCGGCCUCUUUGGCCUCCGAUGAACAAAUAGUUCCCGAUGGAAACCAGUCAAAGGAGAAGACACAACAACCAGAGGGUGCAGACCAUCUGCAGCCGUCCGUCAAUGCUGAUCAACCGCCCGCUCCUGAAAUAACAAGAGGGCUCGAUCAAAUGACCGAUGAUCAGAUUACCGAGCCUGCUGUCGUGCCUGACUGUCCUGUUUCAGGUAACAAUGUCCGGCUCCCAGAGAGUGAAAGUGAUAUCCGCUCUGAGGACACGCCGCUAGCCGACGCGCUGGAGGCUCAGCAGGGGGACAUCCACUACGCCGAAAAUGUCGACGUGGAGUCGGCGGACGACAGCGACGCCGAGGUCUCUGAGGAGCCAGAGAGCAAUGCCAAGCAGCAGGAGAAGGCUGAGGAGGACAAGAAGGAGGUCAAACCAGUCCCGCGUGAUUCUCAAGGUCUCGGAGUGUGCGAGGUGCCAGGAGCUUCUGGUCCAAUUCGAGACCAGGUGGAUGGAAGUGAAGCCACAGAUGGAGAAAAGAUGGAGGUUAGUAGUCAAGGGGAUGUAGAAGAGACCGGUGAUGGGACCAGCACAGUAGAGGUGACCAGGAAUCAGAAGAUGGCCAGUGAAGGGGACUCUGACAGGAUGGAUGUCAGCAGCUCGGCUGAGGUGAAUGAACAUGAAGAGAAGUCUGGUCUGAUCUUGGAUCAGAACCCCCGCGGUGAAGGAAAUGGAGCGGAGAAGACCAGCGAAGGGAAGUUGGAACCUGGAUCACCUGCAGUUGAGUUGAGGGAAAGUGCAGAGGAAUGUAAGGCUGAGACUGAGCCGAGUUACACAAACGGCAAACCUGAGGAGAUCUUAGCCAGCACAGACAGCCAGAAUGCAAGUCGACGCGAUGGAAUGGAAAGUUCCGAUUAUCCAGCGGGUCAAGCGCAGAGCGAGUCAGAGGAGAUACUGAACGGUACAGAACGUAACACAGAACACUCGGCGAAGGAAGGAGCGGAGAGUCGGCCCGCGGAAAGACAAACAGGAGCAGAAUGUGAGUUCAGACAGGAGCCAGCUGGUGCAGGGAUCCAGCCAGGAGAAGCAGCAGCAGCAGAAGCAGCAGAGGAUUCUCGGGGGACUCCGAGUGGCGGCAGGCCCUCUGUCGGAGACGCACAGCUGGAGGAGGAGAAGAACGACCACGAGGCAGAUGAGAUGGACGAGGCUGAGCGGGCACCUGUGUCCGUGAUCCCCCUGGACUUGGUGUACUACCCGCACUACGACGUCCCCAUCGCCGAGGUCAUCGAGGCCUUCGUGGAGCCCAGCGCCAGGGGCGCUGGCGACCAGGCUGAGGAUGGCGUGGGAAGCCGGCGCCUGAGUGGCUCGGACGAGGCCAGCGACGGAGCAGAGGAUUGUGGGAGCGAGCUGCGUCUGUCCCUGAGCGUGGCGGCGCUGCAGCCAGCACCGGUGCAGGACACGCUGCCCGGACCGGACACCGACAGCAGCGACGGCGAGAUGGACGACCACGACCACAACCACGCUCAGAAACCGACAGAGCCAGAGGAGGGGCUACCUCGAAAUACGGCGUCAGAUGGACCCGGUGAACCCCUGGAGCCGUGCCCCAUUGAGGCGGCGGAGGGGCCCAGCGAGGCGGAGCGGGACGCUGGCGAUCCUGACGCGGCCGGAGCCGGAGGCCCGGGCGAGCUCAUUAAGAAAGAUGGAGAGUGGACCGGCGCCAGAGAAAACACGACGACUCUGAGCGAGGAGAAUGCUACUGAAGAUUCAAGGCAGCCCUCCACGGCCCCGUAUCUGAGGGCUUCAGCUCUGCCCAUAGAGGCUCAGAGUGGAAAUAAGAAGACCAGUGAGCCUACCACACCUGACAAAAUCAGCCUUUACAGAAGGAGAGAGAGCAAAGCAGAGAGGAGAGUGCCGUCUGUGGAACUCACGCUGGAAGAAAUCUGCCUUCUACUCGUCCUGUGGCUUAUCGUUUACUGCCUGUUCGUCCUGCCUCAGAUAGAUUUCCGGACUCUUCCGCAACUCCUCCUCAACAUUGAGGAGUGAUCGCAUUGCAGGCCUGUCUACUUUGGUCACAUGACAUUGAAGGGAGUCGGAGCAUUUCGCUGCUCUGCAAAUAUAGUCAAGUGAACUAAAAGUGUUUUUCUUUUCCCUCAUUACUACAAGAUAAACAUUUAAGAAUUUAUUUGGAAGCUAACCCAUCUUAAGUUGAUGUAUUUACACAUGAAGAUAAUUUGUCACAAAAAUAUCUGUUCUACUGUAGUCCUGGCUUUUUUUUUUUCAGUUCGGAGUGUGUGUAUGAAGAGGUACAUUUGAUUCCUCGAGAUAUUUUGUAAAUAUUAUGUUGUAAAAGACUAUCAAUGAAGUAGUGGCCACUCAUGGAAGUUUUUUUUUUUACAUAAUUGUGCAUGCAGUAUUCAGUGGUACAAGUGAAAGUUUUGAUUUUUACAAACUUUUAAAUAUGUUAUACGUAAUGCACAACUUCCUUACGGCAAAUGAACUCAAGGUUCUUAUAUGAAGUGUAUUGGUAGUUUUCAGCAUUGGAAGAGGAGAGGUAGUGUCUUGCACUUUUUAAAUCACAAAACACAAACUGCCAAAGAUGGAAAUUUAGAGAGGUCAAAAUUAUAGUGAUCAGAAAUGUAUGAGACUCUUAAAAGUUAACAUAGUCAGUAAAUAUCUGUAUUCUGAUAUCUUGCUGUAUUUUACAGAGCCUAAUCUCAGAAAUGUUAGCCAUAUUUUUGUUGAAGUUGAGCACAGGAAGAAUGUUUUUAAAACAGUAACAUGAGCAUGUUUUUAUAUAUAUAUAUAUAUCUGUACUGCAUAAGUCUUUGUGCAGAAUGUUACACAGAUGCUUGAACAUUUGGAAUCCUAAGGGAAGACCAAGACACAGACAGAGAAAGAAAGAGAGAGAGAGAGGUUUUUCUUCACAAAAGAAAUUACAUGAUUACCUCUAGUUCAUCUGAGGUACAUCCUCACUUGCUGUUUAUUUUUGUUCUUACACUUUGAAUGUGUUAAAAAUGCAUCUUCCACUCUCUCAAAAGGAGGUAAUUACACAAACACAGAUUAUCAUGACUAUAUUUUUUGUCAACAUAAGUAGGCUAUAGGGCAGGCACAAUAUUGACAUUAACAUUUUUUCUUUCAAUAAAUUGCUUAUACAAAACAGCCUUUACAGUUGUGCUUAUACCUUGAGGCAUAUUGUGGUGUUUGUGGUGAGCGAAUGUGUGUUUGCGCGUGUGUGUGUGUGUGUGUGUGUGGUGGGAAUCGAAUGUGAUUGUUCAAACAGAGAGCUUGAAACAGAUUUAAAAGCCUAAUACUGCAUUUUGCUUUUGUAUCAGACCUGAUAAUGAUGUAUCAAUAGCACCUGUCAAGUGCAAUAAAUGAAAUGCUUUGCC